AUGGCCGGGAAAGAUCUAUAUGAACACAGUCAGAAAACGUCUCCCUCACAAAAUAGCAAAGCGACCUCAACAGAUCAUGACAAGGUCGAAGCCGCAACCGAACCCUCAAAAAUAGUCGGACCGAGUCUAUCUUACCAUCACGAUUCAGAAGGUGAUGAGCAUUCAGAAGCCAGUGACGAUAGCAGUGACGAUGAUUUUGGACCUCAACUGCCGCCAGUUGGAGCUACAGCGUCUAACGAUGCCAAAUAUGAACGCGAAUCGCGGUAUUCGCCACCUCCAGAGCAACAUGAGAUAAUCACGGAAAGUGCGACCACGAAGAAAAGACAGAGAGACGACUGGAUGGUUACGCCUCCUGACAACCAGUCAUGGGCUUCCGGGAUGAACCCAACUACUAUAAGCAAUCGCAGAUUCAAUACAGGCAAGUCCGCUCGCGGCGACCAAAGUUCAGGUGGAAUAGGCGCAGCAUGGACGGAGAAUCCAACUCAGAAAAGACAAAGACUAGAAAAUGAGGUUCUAGGUAUAAAGGCUGAGCCCGAUACGAGGUCAGCAAGACCUCGAGAUUUGUCAUCGAAAACAAACACAGCCACGGCAAACAAAGUCCAGCCGAGUAACAAAGGUAAUAAGCCUUCGCUGUACGAAAGUCACCAAAAGGCUAUGCGCAAUACAAGCGAGGAAGAUCCUAGUUCACGGGCCUUCAGCUGGGAGAAAGAUAUUGCUGGGAAAUCAAGCAUCUCAAGUGCAUCGCGGAAAAAACUAGUGAAUCAGGCAUCUGAUUAUAGCUCUAAGUUCACUGGGGGUAAAUAUAUAUGA